AUUGCGGAAGAUAUUAUAUUCUCAGAGAAAGGAAAUUCUGAGAUAUCCGGAAACGGUUGAAGACGGGUCAAGCAAAUCAGCGUCACCGUCGCUUCAAGUGGAACAAGAAGGUACCGAGAUUUCGAUGCAGAUCGAUCCAAUUCAAUCUAAGGAUAAAACACCGAAAUCUACUGAAAGCCUGCUAUUUAAAGAUCCGAAGAGCUUGAAAGCCACCUCCAGCUCGAUUUCAAUAUCGUCGGACAUCGAACGAUCAAAAAUUUCGUCCUCGGAGGCGCAUACCUCUGACGAUGAGACAUCAUCCCCGCUGGCACUGGAUAAUGAUCCAUCCCAAUAUAAAAACAUGGCGCCCUGUCACUUACCCACAGUCUUGCUACCGAGCAUGGAACCCUUGCGAGCUUUGAGACACAAAAAACCGAUUACCAUGGAGUCGCGAAUCGCUCUCAUGGAGACCGCGACUUCGACGAAGGAGAAAUCUGACGAUGAAUAUUACGAUGACGAAGAGGCAACGAAGGAAAGGCCGCCGUCGAAAACAACCAGCGGGCAAUCUGAAAAGGUCGAUGAAGAGAAAGAUACGCUCUCGAAGAUCCCGAGUGCCCUCUUGAAAGUUAAGUCGCAGCAACAGCUGAUAUCGCCAAUCGUAGAAUCUGCACGGAAGGGCGAGCUGAAGAGAGGAUACAGUUACGCGAGUAUCAAGGAUUUAUCGAAGGAUUCUACGAGACGUACGUUCGAGAUUCCUCGAGGCAAGGAGGAAGGUGGGCAAGGAAAGGUAAUCCCCGUGGAGGAGAUAGAUUCCGCGAAAGGGUCGACUUCCUCCGACUCGGUGAAAGCGGAGAGGCGCGUGGAAUUACCGCUUUUGACGGUCGCUGAAGUCUCGCGAUUUUUAGAGAAAGCAAAUCGCGAAGACAUGUCGACCACGACUAUGCUGAAGAGUUUGGCGAACGAAUUCUCUUUGCGGGUAAUGAAACAACACGGCGCUAGCAUGACGGCGACAAAAAAGCGCGCUAAACUAGUCGCGAGAUUAACGAAGUUACUGGUGGAUUCGCAACGUUAUUUGAAUCCUGAUAAAUUCCCGUCUGACCUUAUUUUCUCCACAAAACAGCCUCCCGCUUGCAAUUCCCGUCUGCUGAGACAUGCCCUUCCGCUUGAUUCCUACAAUCUUGUCGCCCCAUUAUUGGGCAUGCCGAAUUGGUACCCGAAAAGAGCCAUACGAAAAGAGGCUACAGUACAUUACGAAAAGGAAGAAGAAGAAAAAGAAGAAGAAGAAGAAGAAGAAGAGACGGAAGGCGCGAUUCCCUUCGAUUUGAUUGUGCAUCCCCCGACGAUCAAAGACAUUUCGACGAACGGAGAUGAGCAUAAAGUAGGUCAAGCCAGAUUGAAUCCUUAUGCUCUCUUUUUGAAGAAACCGCGGCGCAAGGUUAUCACUUGGCGUCCUUUAACAGCCGCCGAUCUUAAAGACUACGAUCCCGAGGCUACUCUUGAGAUGAGAGCCAGAAACAUUACGAACAGAAUAUGCCGUGACUUCUGCGAGUGGCUGCGCAGUUUAGGCGGCACCGACAAAGUCAUCGACGAGGAAAUCCUAGGAGAUAUGUUCGAAAUUGACUUUACGGCCGACGCCAGCAGAACGAUGGAGAUGUCAAUGAGGGAAAUGCCGAUGGUGCCUAACGAUGUUGCCGCAGCGAGACAGUGUCUUAAUGCAAGUGAACUUGCUAUGACCAAGAAGCAUUUGAUCAGAGAUGCCAAAGCCGAGAGUAAGCCGACUAAAACAAUAGCCUUUGGCACCGCGAUUCCCUGGAAGCUUCGGUUCGUACCGCCUAAAAAUCGGGUGAGAGAGAGAUGGCUACAAUGCGAGAACGUGAUGACCGAUCUAGAAACGAUGGACGUGGUCUGGAAAGAUAUAACGCAUCUAGAGAGCGUCAAGUCUUUCGCAAAAUGGCUCAGCGAACGUUCGGAAAUUUUGCUACCGGAUGCACUAAUAACCGCAAUGACCACCAAUUCUGCAAAACACGACACUGACGACAAAACGCAUUCGCAAAUAGAUGUCAAACAGAUUAGCGGUUUUAAAGUCCGCGACACCCUUCAGAAUGCUGACUGGUCAUUCGACGAGUAAUUAACGGAAGCAGGAGAGAUCGGUGCUUCGAAAGAAAUUGUCGAUAGACCCUCAAAGUUCCUGCAUACUGGCGCCAAAUACGUUCGUGUAACCGAUACGACCGCAUGAUGACACGGGGCAGAACGCCCAUUUCCUGUAUGCGGCGAACGGUUAACCUCCGCGUAGCCGCCGUGGAUGCUUCAAUCGCAAACAAUUCCCGUGGAAAUUUCGACAAACGUUCAAUUACGAGACCUAAUUUUCUGCUAAUGAUCGCCACGUUUCACUAAUCCAACGUAACGUAGAAAUCAAGUUUCUCGCCAGGUUCCUACCUCGAAUCAAAAUGUAUGGAUCAUUAAAAGGUGCGAACGGUUACCGGGCCAUCAUUCCUGAUUUGGCGUGUAGAUUGGAUUAACAGUCCGAUUUCUGUCUCUUCUACUCUCCCACGCACUAUGUACACACGCACACCCGUACAUACACACGACAAAUUAAUUCAUUGGCAACGCGGCGCACCGACUAAAAUGUAUUUCGCUGCACCAAUUAUCGAUCACUCAAGUUUCAUUGCAUUGAACUCCAUUAAAUACAUGCACGUAAUAACUGUAAUGUUAAUAGUGUUAUUACCAUAGAUUAUUAAUAAUUUCUUAUCAAUAUAGAAGAGAUAAGUAACCCGCAGAACAUAUAUUUCUCCUCACGUUGGAAACAAAAAUGUCCUUACGGUGCUUGACACUUCCGACAUUUCUCGGUUCCGUUUAACAAGCCGAACGCCAUUGCAAAUGGCAUUUUGCAUUAUUACAUAGGUAAUAAUAUGUAAAGUGAUCCUAUAAAAAAAGAAACAAAAUGACAAUGGCAAAUAAAAAGCAUGGAUACCUGAAGCUGAACCAUAGAGCCGACGAUCUCGCAUCGACGAGUUGUCUAGCGAAAUAACACAAACGAGCCGAUGAAAUAUUGGAAACGUAUCACGGACGCCGGAUGUCCUGACAGUACUUCUGCUUACGACAGAAAACGCGCCUUAGAUUCGCGGCAACAGCGGCAGGAAAGAGAAAAAAAGAGGGAGAG